UUGUAAACAACAUCCGCUUUUGGUUUGUCGAGUUGUAACGAAAGCAGAACGUGAAAACUUCUUCGAAGCGGCUGUAAAGACAUAAUGGCAGAGGAAGGGAACAAUUCGGCUUCCACAGGCUACCAGUGUACACUGUCCCCAGACCUAAUACAGAAGGCAGAAAAGGAGCUAAACGAGAAGGCAGAAUGGAGGAACCGAGAUAUUCAGGCUCUCAGGGACAUGGUGAAUAAAAAUAAAGAGCUUCAAAUUCGAACAGACGAUGUUUUCUUGCUACGCUUUCUGAGAGCCAAGAAGUUUGACUAUGACAGAGCAUAUAAUCUUAUCCUCACACAUUUCCAAAUGAAGAAGGAAAAUCCAAAGUUGUUUGAAAAUCUGCGACCCUCAGCAGUCAAACAUGUUUUAGAGGCAGGAGUUACAGGGGUGCUGCCUCACCGAGACAAGGAGGGGAGACGUGUUAUUAUAUUUAGACCUGGUAAAUGGGAUCCAAGUCGAUGUCCUGUGGAUGAUGUAUUUCGGACAAACUUUUUGACAAUAUCAAAGAUUAUACAGGAUGAAGCAACCCAAGUGAAUGGAAUAAUCAUGGUUAUGGAUUUGAAUGGUGUUGGAUGGGGACAUGCUAAAAAUAUUUCUCCAUUUUAUGCAAAACGUGUCAUGUCUCUGCUGCAGGAUGCCUUUCCUGCAAGAUUCAAAGGAAUUCAUUACCUAAAUGAACCAGCAGUAUUUGAUUACAUAUUUGCAAUAGUGAAGCAGUUUAUGAAAGAAAAAACAGUCAAUCGACUUCAUUUCCACGGAAAAAAUGUACAAGAAUUGACAGAUUUUAUUGAUGCUGAAUACCUUCCUGAGGAGUAUGGUGGAAAAGCACCUCCAUAUUCAAAUAAGGACUGGAUGGAAGAACUCUUAAAAUGUGAUGCAGAAUUUGAUGAAGAGGCCAAAUACGGGUUCGUUUCGGGCUCUACGAUAAACCAGAAACCCGGACAAGAUGCCAUGGAGUGUGUAAUGGGAAGUUAUAGGAAACUCAGUGUUGAUUAAAGUUACCAUUCCACAUCCUAGGAUGUAAUCAGUGUGAUAUGCACAUACAGUUAUUUAUUUAUUUGAAGUUGUUGGGUGUGUAGAUUCUGUUUUAAUUACUGGGUUAAUUUUAUACAAUUGUUAAAAUGCAUCUAAAAUUUAUGUGUAAAUGUGUAAUUUAAUUUGCUGGACUAUAGUGAAUGGGGGUAGGUAUAUAAACAGUUGGGAGUGGGUGCAUUAUUUUCACUAUAAUUCACUUUGCAAGAAUUCUUUUCAUUUUUGCAUCCUUGAUUUGCUAUCAAUUUUGAUUGUCAAAUACUUUUUUGUUGAUUGUAAUUAAGAUUAAAUAGUUACCAGUUUUUAUGUCUUUUUUUCUUAUUUUUGAAAUAUUUUGUUUUUUUAUUCUAAUUGAAUUCUAUCAUUCAGUUUAUUUUUCCUAUCAUAAUACUUAAGCUAAAAUUACAUGUAAUCAGUCAAUACAUGUAUAUACAUUAAGAUUAUUGGAGACUUUCUUUCUUUCUAUUUUUGAUUGUUUUUGUUUUGUUUUGUUUGUUUCUUUGUAGAUCAGGCUGCUAUUAUACUGCAUGUGUACUUAAUUAAACAGGAUUCAUUUCAUUGUAGUCAUUGCAGCACAAAUUCAUGAUUAAUGCCAAAUUCGAAUCUAUACAAGUGCACUGUAAAUGUAUUCUUUUUGAAGAUUUUGACAAUCUUAAUUCUAAUUGUGAAAGUAUUUUAAAUUGUAUUGUAAACAGUCCAUGACUUUUAUUCUCUGAUAUUUAAAUUGCUGCAGUACUGUAUAUGCUUGUACAUUAUUCUGUGGAAAUCAGACAAGCAUCUAAAAAUCUGUUACCUGUAUUCAGAAUACUGUAGGAAUAGAAACUAGAAAAGAUUAACAUUUAUUAUUUUUUCCUUUCUUAUUUUGUUAUAGUUUUAUUGUAUAAGAUCUGUGAUAGAAAUUUUUGUAUAUUGGUGAAUUGUUUUCCAGCCAUAAUCAUGUACCGGUACAUUGUGUAUCUCAUCUUCAUUUUAAAAAUAAGCUUUUGAAACAUAUCCAUGUAUAAUGCAUAUUAUUUUUCUAUUCUUUUUUUAUUUAUUUUAAAAAAAUCCUAUAUGCAAUAUAGGCUGACAUACAGUUUAUUGAGGUUUUCAUUAUUUAUCAGUGUGAAACGUACCCCAAAAAUCUUAUAACAACCCCAUAGUAAUUUAUGGAUUCUUGAAAGAAGUCAUUACUUUGUUUAUGCGUAGAUUCUUAAAAUUAAUUUUCUAAAGGUCUCUCCCUGUAUUUAUAAAACAGAUUCAAAUGUUUUUCCUCAGCUUCCCAGAUAUUUCGACUACAUUUGCUUCCAUACGCCAUGUAGAUGUAUUGAUGAUUUGGGCGGUAGCUUGCAAAAAAAAUGGAGGGAAAAGAGGAAAAUACCUUCAUAGCAGACAUACAAAAAGUUGAUCCAUUCAGUGUUGAAACUCUUUUGGAAAUAAAGGUUCCAUAACAAGUGCAAGUUAUAAACUGGUUUUUCACAAUCUUACUUUUAUUUUGAAGAGGUAUGAAAACUUCUGAUUGUCACUUGAAAUCACUAAAAUUAAGGAACAAGAUUUUAAGAAAACAUUACUUUCAAUUACUGGCUUCUGAUCUCUAUGUUUGAUAAGAUUAUUUGCAUGUAUGAAAAUUUUAAACUUCAUGUAUGUAUAUUAUAUAUUAUAUGCAGGGCCGGCAUUUCCAGGGUUCAUUUAUUUUAUUUCCUAUGUAGCUUGUAAAACGAGUUUUGAUUGGUUACAAAGUCGAGUGUAAAUUUCCGUACACCCAACUUGAGCCAUGGGUUUAAAAAAAUGUGACGUCACAAUGCAUUACUUCUCUGUGAUAAAUAACAUGAUGUCACGAUGCACUGCAGGAUGUAGAAAAUCUUAAUGAUUGCUUGAAACACAGUUGAUUGGACUUGUGUACAAAAUAAAUUAUUUGGGUACAUAGGAAGUAAAUUCUUUAUCCAGGUUCAAUCAAGGGUGUACAGGGAUUUACUGGGAGCCAGACAAAAUGCCCCCUAAUAAAAACGUCCCGGUCAAAGCGUCCCCUGAUUUUAGUCAAAGCGCCCCCUGAUUUUGGUCAAAGCGCCCCCUAACAUAUUUUUAUAGAAAAUACCGCCCCCAAAUAUUGGUCAAAGCGUCCCCUGAUUUUAGUCAAAGCACGCCCUGAUUUUGGUCAAAGCGCCCCUUAAAGAAUUUUACGGUAUAAUGAUGUUACAAAACCGCCCCCAAAUAUUGGUCAAAGCGUCCCCUGAUUUUAGUCAAAAUGUCCCCUGAUUUUGGUCAAAGCGCCCCUUAUAGAAUUUUACAAUAAAAUGAUGUUACAAAACCGCCCCCAAAUAUUGGUCAAAGCGUCCCAUGAUUUUGGUCAAAGCGCCCCUAAUAUAUUUUUACAAACAUAUUACGGAAUAAAACUGUUUUGUAUUUAUAAUAUUAUCAUUGUGUGGCAGUUACUUGAAAAAUUUCUAUAAGGGGGUGCUUU